AUGGCGGAUACUAUCAACCCGUUGGAUACCCUCCCAGCCUCGCCAUCCCCAGACAUGUACACAGUUUCCCCCGCGGAUACAUCAUUAGACUCUCCGGAGCCGGAAGAUGAUAUUAAAGAUGAAGAUGAUGAGAAGAAGCCAACAAAGAAGAGAAAGUCUUGGGGACAGGAACUCCCAACCCCCAAAACAAACCUUCCUCCUAGAAAACGCGCCAAGACAGAUGAUGAAAAGGAGCAGCGUCGGAUCGAACGGGUCCUUCGAAACCGCGCUGCUGCUCAGACAUCACGCGAGCGCAAGCGUCUCGAAAUGGAGAAGCUCGAGACCGAAAAGAUCCGAAUGGAACAACAAAAUCAGUUCCUGAUCCAGCGUCUAUCACAGAUGGAGUCAGAGAACAACCGCCUGAGCCAGCAAGUGGCCAAGCUCUCCGCCGAGGUCCGUGGAUCUCGCAGCGUGACUCCCAAAGCCAGCUCUCCCGCCAUCGAAUCUCCCACCCUCACGCCUACCCUCUUCAAACAAGAAGGCGACGAACUCCCCAUGGAACGGAUCCCUUUUCCCACUCCAUCCGUUACCGACUACUCUCCCACCCUCAAGCCUUCCACUCUGGCUGAGGCCUCCGACGUGACACAACAUCCUGCAGCGGUGUUGUGUGAAUGUGACCUGCAGUCUCCUCUUUCUGACGAUGACUUCCGCCGCCUGUUCCACGGUGAUUCACCCGUUGAGCCAAAUUCUUCUUUCCCUGAAGACGGGUUUGCCUUUGACGUUCUCGACGGAGGAGAUCUAUCAGCAUUUCCCUUUGAUUCUAUGGUUGAUUUCGACCCCGAAUCUGUCGUCCUCGACGGCGUCCAAUCGUCCGGUCUUUCGGAUGAGACUUCUCACCAGACUACUAGCUUGCAGCCCAGCCUUGGCGCGUCCACUUCGAGAUGCGACGGGCAGAGCAUUGCAGCUAGCGACGCCAAGAAUGGAAUGAAUGCGGUCAGUGACGUUGCCACGCGCCCCCAAAUCCAUCUGCCUUCCACAACACCUGCAAUCCUCAUCCUCUAUAACAUCUUUAACCGACAUCAUGGUUCGCAAAGACCCUAUCUUCGAAGCCCGUACAAAUGUCAAAGUAUGUCUCCCCGCACUUAUUUCCCCUCCUCACAGCGUGCAUCACCCCCGCUGCAUGAGACCAUUGCUAAUCUUAUCUCCCAGUUACACUCCAACAGACUCAAGAAAGAAGCCGUCCGAGCAGAGGCGACCUUUAAAUCCGAAAAGGCCAAAGCGGACAAAGCGAUGAAAAACCGCGAGUUCCAAAUCGCCCGCAUUCACGCCGCCUCCGCCGUGCGCGAGAAGCGACGCCAAGUAACACUCAAAUCCGAAGCGGCACGCGCAGACGUCAUCAUCAACGAACUUAAGGCUGCCCAAAGCACCCGCGACACAUCCCGGACGCUCGCGAUGGCAUCACGGGGCCUAGAUGCUGCCUCACGGAGCGUCAACCUCGAACACCUCGUCUCCCACGCUAACAACUUCCUCGCCCGGUCGGAGGACUUUAAGAUCGCUAGUAGUGCGAUCGAGGAUGUCGCACAGGGUAUAUCGAUGCAGGAAUAUGGCGCGGAGGGUGAGGCCGACGUUGAUCGGCUUAUGGAACAACUGGCCGAUGAUGCGGGUGUUGAUAUGCGCCGGAACCUCGAAGCGGAUGCUGCACCUAAAGAGGAGGUCAAGGAGCCUAAGCAGGUGGAUGCCGAGGCUGAAGAUGGUUUGGGUGCAAGGCUACGGGCUUUACGAGCUGCUAAUUGA